ACGAACGAAAACUAUUAUUUAUCGUCGAUUUGUCCACAUACAGUGCUCGCGAAUGAUAUACGGCGAAUUUUUGGAGCUAAAUUGCCACUAUUGGUUGUCAAAAUUUCAAAAAGCUGGGAGUGAUCGGUCUGCGCGAGUUGACAGCAUGGCAGGGAGGUUUGACGAACAAAAAAGAAACGAUAACGAUAAAGCUCCAAAUUUCUCAAGCAGUACUCAAGAUACAACAAAAAUGCCAACGGCGCCGAGCAAACCAGGCCCGUUCAUCGGUGUCAUCGACGUCGGUACUCGUACCAUACGAUUUGUGAUCUACAACGCCAAACACGCGACCGAGGUGGAAUCCCAUCAGAUCGACAUCGAGCAGAUCUGCCCUCAGGAAGGAUGGGUCGAGCAAGAACCAAAGGAGAUAGACUCGGCGAUCAGGACAUGUAUAGCCGAGGUGCUGACGCGCAUGUCGGAGAAGGGCCUGGACGCCUGCAGCAUCUCCACGAUCGGCAUUUGCAAUUCGCGAGAAACGACUCUCGUCUGGGACUCCAAGACCGGAGAGCCGCUUUACAAUGCUAUACUCUGGUCGGACAUAAGGACGGACAAGAUGGUCGACGAGAUAAUAGCCAAAUUCCCGGACAACAAUAAGAAUCACCUGAAGCCGCUGUGCGGUCUGCCGGUCAGCUCGUACUUCUCGGCGCUGAAGAUGCGCUGGAUGAUGGAUAACGUGCCCGCGGUGCGUAAAGCCAUGCGCGAGCGACGCUGCAUGUUCGGUACCCUAGACACUUGGCUCGUUUGGAAUCUGACGGGCGGCAAAAAGGGCGGCCUCUACAUCACCGACGUGACGAACGCGUCGCGCACGAUGCUCAUGAACAUCGAGACGAUGCAGUGGGACACGACGCUCUGCCGAUACUUCAACAUUCCCAUGCAGUAUCUGCCGCAGAUACGCAGCAGCUCCGAGAUUUACGGAAAAAUCCGAAUCGGACCGCUCAAAGGCAUACCGAUAUCCGGGAUUCUGGGCAAUCAACAAGCCGCACUGGUCGGCCAGAACUGCCUGAAGAAAGGCCAAGCUAAAAACACCUACAGAAGCGGCUGCUUCUUGCUCUGCAACACCGGAACGCAGAAAGUAUUUUCACAGCACGGCCUCGUGACGACCGUCGCCUACCAGCUCGGUCCCAAAGCUCCGGUAGUCUACGCGCUCGAGGGUUCGGUAGCCGUCGCCGGAUCGGCCAUCAAAUGGCUGCGCGAUAACAUGCGCAUGAUCAAGGACGUGCAGGACAGCGAGCAUCUUGCCGCCAACGUCCUCAACACCGGCGACGUCUACUUCGUGCCGGCCUUCAGCGGACUCUACGCUCCCUACUGGAGAAAAGACGCCAGAGGAAUCAUUUGCGGACUGACGGCGUUCUCGACCAAAGAUCACAUUAUAAGAGCAUCGCUCGAGGCGGUUUGCUUCCAAACUAGAGACAUUCUCGAGGCCAUGCACAAGGAUUGCGGUUUUCCAUUAACGAAACUCAACACCGAUGGCAAAAUGUCGGUCAACAGUCUUCUCAUGCAGCUCCAAGCCGACAUCACCGGUGUACCAGUUUACAGAUCCAAAUCGGCCGAUAUGACUGCCUUGGGUGCGGCGAAGGCAGCUGGUAACGCAGCUGGUAUAGAUCUUUGGACUUUGGACAACGAAGAAUCCGAGUCCGUGUCGAACGACGAAUUUCUACCGACCACAACGAUCGAAGAGAGAGACAAAAGGUACAAAAGGUGGAGAAUGGCAGUUCAAAGAAGUCUCGGCUGGGCUUCGGUGAAAAUGUCUCCGCAGAUGACAGAUGAUAGGUAUCGCAUCUUGGCGUCAAUACCUGCGAGCUGGUUCUUACUGUCAACGUUCAUGUUACUUAGAAUCAGUUGCUUUUUCGACAAUCGGUGACGCAUUAACGAUUGCCUCACGAAAACGAUCGGCCGCAAUCAUCUAGCUAUUCAAUCUAGUACAAUGAUACCCGCACUGAUGUAGUCAACCCCAAACGCAGGCGUCUUCAAUGCCACGCAACGACAGUGAAAUUCACCGUUUACGAGUUCAAGAAUCUGCAAAUGAAAUAACGAGUCAUAAGCUUGUACUCACGAGUGUAAUGAUGAUUUCGCACAGCAUGAGUAUCGUAGCAAUUGUGAUUUUUUGGAAAAAUAUUUGAUUUGCUAUUCAACGGCGAAUUUUAUGUAGAAUAAAAAUGAUAUUCUCGCAUGUAAGAUAAAAAAAUGAUGUUGAAUGAUAUUCAUAAAUAUGAGAAUAAUUUGAAAUGUCAGUGAUGUAAUGGUGAUUUAUUAUACGUUUGAAAUGAUCCGUGUGUUCAAUGUGACUAGAUUUAUUUUGAUGAUCAUUCAAAAAAGCUUUAGUCUAAUGAACAACCAAAUUAUAUAUCUUAAAUAUAAAAAGUAAAGCGGUAUAAAAUAUGAUUGAAAGAAAUUCAUAGAAACCAUAUUGAGAUUUUUAUUUAAAAAUAAUAUUAAUGGUAACAAUGUUUUUAAAUGUAUUAAUCAAGUAUGUUUUAUCAUGCCUGAAAGAAUCUCUUGAAUGAUGGAUCGAACAAUCACUUGAUUAAUAUCGAGGAGUAUCUGCUAUUUUAUGUAUUAUUUUAUUUUUUUUUUUAUCUUUAAUUUUAUCUUUUAUUUUAUGUAAUUGUUAUUGAUUUGGAAAUAUAAUGGUUUUGUAAGCGUUUGAAUGGAUGUGUGAAUACGGUAUAUCAAAACUUAUUUAACUUUCUAAGAACAAAAAAUCGAUAACUGUAUAUUUUAUUCAUAAACCCACGUAUUUUUAAGGAAAAUAAAUAUUAUUAAGAAUUAUGUUUUGCCCGCAGCAAGACAUUAGACGGAAUUUUUUAAAUUUUAGUUGUAUAAAAGUAGAUUUUAAGAAAUAUUGUAUGGUGCUGAAUAAUUGAAUACCAUCGAUUGUCAAACUUUA